AUGCGCGGUUUCUCUGUCCUCGCUCUUGCACCGGCCGCUCUAGGCGCGCCGAAUGUUCCCCGUGCCGCACCCGUCGAUGCUCUCGUUGGAUACGGCGCCGCAGCUACUGGUGGCGGCAGUGGUAGUGGAACGACGGUGACAUCUUGCUCAGCUUUCACCACAGCUGCCGAAGCUGGCGGUGUUAUCAAGAUCUCCGGUGUCCUGGAUGGUUGUGGAAUUGUCGACCUCGUAUCUGAUACCUCAGUCAUUGGCGUUGGGGCCAAGUCUGGCUUGACGAACGGGGGUAUUCGUGUUAAGAGGGCAGACAACGUGAUUCUCAGGAACUUGUACUUGCAUCAGGCACCGAGCAAGAAGGACCUGGUAGAGCUUCAAUACUCUACCAACGUCUGGAUCGACCACAACGACUUCUCGUCGCUCGGAAUUACUGGCGACAAGGAUACCUACGAUGGAUUGCUGGACAUUACUCAUGGCUCUGACCAAGUCACUGUGUCAUGGAACAAGUUCCACGAUCAUUGGAAGGGUAGCCUGGUCGGACACUCUGACAACAACGCUGACGAGGACACGGGCAAGCUCCAUGUCACGUACCAUCACAACCACUUCACUAACGUCAACUCUCGUCUCCCAUCCAUCCGCUUCGGCACAGGCCACAUCUACAGCUCGUGCUACGAGAACGACCCGACCUCGGGCAUCAACUCCCGCAUGGGAGCACAGGUGUUGGCUGAGAACAACUACUUCCUGAACGUCCCUCAGGCUCUUGUGACGAACGUCGACAGCGACGAAGAUGGGUACCUGGUAAACCAGAACAAUGUGCUCGUCAACAGCACCAUUUCCAUCACCCAGGUCGGAAGCCUGACCCCGCCGUACAGCUACACGCUGGACUCCGCGGACUCUGUCUGCUCUAUUGUCAAGGCGAGUGCUGGAACCGGCAUUGUGAGUUGA